CAAAAAUUAAAUCACUUUCACCAACACCAAAAAAUGUCAACCCCAUCUCCAACCCCUCCAAACCUAAAUCCGAACAAAAAAGAAUAUUUCAUCCCGGCACAAGGAAUAGACCGAGCAGUCACAGUAGAUAUCUCCCGUUGCCUAGGUGAAAACGCAAUGGUUCGUCCGGGGAUGUAUAAGGAUCCAGAAACCCAAAAAUCCCGUCCAGGAUAUUUUAUUAUUUCAUUUGAUCCUCGUAGGAGUAUUACUGAUAGGAAAUGAUACAAAAUCUAAAAGCGGAUUCCAUUACAUGGGAACAACAACGAAGAGAACGAUUCCUAGCUGCGCAGAGGAAUGGACAUGAUGUGGAGGGUGUGUGGAAUCCGACGUUGAUGAAUGCUAUAGAGAGUAUGAAGGAGAGGUGGAUGAAGUAUGAGGGGAAGUGAUGUG